AUGCACAAAAGUAUUGUGGCAGCGGCCGUCUUGGCUGCUACCGCCCAGGCUGCCACCGCCGUCUCGGAGCCCAAGGUCAACGUUUACUGGGGACAGAAGGGAGCCACCAGGCUCAGGGACCACUGCGACCAAGCGAACUUCGACUAUGUUACUAUCGGCUUCGUCAACAACUCUCCCGAGCAGGACAAGUCCGGCCUGAACUACCCCGGCACCAACUUCGGCAACCACUGCGAUGCCAUCUACUACACCAACUCCAAGACCAGCCUGGCGUCUCCUCUGCUCAGCAAGUGUACCGUCAUGGCGGCGGAUAUUCAGUACUGCCAGGAGAAGGGCAAGAAGGUUCUGCUUUCCAUCGGUGGUGCUUCGGUCACGGGAUCGAACUAUGCUCUGUCUAGCAACACCAAGGGCGAGGAGUUUGCCACUUUCUUGUGGAAGUCUUUUGGUCCCUACGAUUCCAAGUACACGGGACCCCGUCCUUUCGACUACGCUGGUAACCACGUCUCGGUUGAUGGUUUCGAUUUGGAUAUCGAGGUCAAGUUCAGCUCAGCCGGCCAAGCUGCCUAUGUUGCCUUGGCCAAGAAGCUUCGCCAGUACUAUAACAACGACAGCAGAUACCUCCUCACCGCCGCUCCCGAAUGCCCUCUUGAUACUGCCAACUUCAAGAUGAAGGACAUCAUUGCCGGUGCCCAGUUUGAUGCCCUCUUCAUCCAGUACUACAACAACCCUGGCUGCGCUGCUGCCUCUGCGACUGGUGGCUUGAACACUGGCUUCAACUAUUUGGCUUGGGAAGCUGCAAUUGCCUCCGGCAAGAGCAAGAACGCCAAGCUCUUCAUUGGUCUUCCUGGCUCUUCUGAGGCCGCUGGCUCUGGCUACCUCGAGCCUGUCAAGGCUGCCUCUCUUAUCAGCUCGUACAAGACCCGCGCCUCUUUCGGUGGUGCCAUGAUCUGGGAUGUCUACUACGGCCAGAAGGCGACCAACGGAAAGACCUUUGUUGAUGCCAUCAACACCGCCUGCAAGGGUGCCAAGGCCUCCCCUACUACCACUGCUGCUCCGGCUCCCACUGCCAUCGGUUGCACCGCCUACCACACCGUCGCUCCUGGCGAGUUCUGCUAUCUGAUUGCCCAGAACAAUGGCCUCUCUGUUUCUGAUCUCCUCAGGUUCAACCCCAAGUUGGAUUCGGCCUGCGCACUUGAGGUCGGCCAGGUGUUGUGCAUCAAGCAGGGUGUUAUUACUAUUACCAGCUCCAGCUCCAGCUCUGCCGUCAUCACCAGCUCUAGCACCUCCAGCUCCAGCUCCGUCUCCAGCUCGUCGGUUGAGUCUACCACCUCUACCAGCUCUGUGGCUCCUUCCAGCACCGAGGCCGUCUCCAGCACUACUUCCGAGUCCGAGACUGUCACCUCCUCUGCGACCGUUUCCGAGUCUGCCUCCGUCAUCAUUAGCGAGUCUGCUUCCUCUACCAUCACCUCCGCCCCGGUUGUGAUCUCCAGCAGCGCUAUCAGCUCCGAGGUUCCUUCCUCCACUGAGGAUGACACCUGUGAAGAUGAGACCACCACCUCUUCCGAGAUCGUCUCUUCCACCGAGGCCCCUGUUAUCUCUGCUACCGAGUCUGCUUCCGUUACCGAGUCUGCUACUGAGUCCGCUAUCGUUUCCGAGACUGCUUCCGCUACUGAGUCUGCCUCCGUCACCGAGUCCGCUUCCAUCACCGAGUCCAGCCUGAUCAGCAUCAGCUUCAGCACCGAGGUCCCCACCACCACCGAUGAUGCCUGCGAGGAUGAGACCACCACCUCCGAGGUCCCCUCCGCCACCGAGGGUCCUUCCGAUGGCUCCUCCACCACUGUUGAUCCUUCCAUCAUCACCUCUGCCCCCGUCGUUAUCCCCAGCGGCAGCGGCAGCUCCGAGAUCAUCAGCAGCACCACCACUGAGGACGACACCUGCGAGGAUGAGACUACCACCGAGGCCCCCGUUGGUUCCGCUACUGAGUCUGCUAUCGUCUCUUCCACUGAGGCUCCUGUUGUCUCUGCUACCGAGUCUGCUGUUCCCUCUGACAUUGUCAGCGAGAGCAUCCUUCCUUCUGGCAUCCUCCCCAGCGGCAUCAUCCCCUCCGGUGUCAUUCCCAGCGGUGUCAUUCCCUCCGGCAUUGUCAGCGAGAGCAUCAUCCCCAGCGGUGUUGUUCCCUCCGGUGUCAUUCCCUCCGGUGUCAUUCCCUCCGGCGUUGUUCCCUCCGGUAUUGUCUCCAGCAUCAUCUCCGAGAUUACUGCUGGCCCUACCGAUGGCAGCCCCAUCUCCUCUGCUCCUGGCGCCGGUGUCACUUCCGCCCCCGCUGAGGAGUGGACCACCUCGACCAUCUACACCACCACCACCUCCGCCAACGCUCCCACCGGCAUCAUCACCUCCUCGAUCCCCAUCGAGUCCAUCCCCGCUGGCUUCACCACCUCGACUAUCUACACCACCACCACAUCCACCAUCACCAGCUGCGCCCCUACCGUGACCAACUGCCCCGGCAAGAUUGGCCAGGUCACCACCAUUGUCGUGCCUAUCGGUGUUACUGUCUGCCCCAUCACCGAGGCCUUCCCUCCCGCCACCUCGGUCCCCGCUGCUCCCUCCGCUGGUGUCCCCGGUGCCCCUGGUGCUCCCGCCAUCUCUGCUCCCGCUGUUCCCUCCGGCGGUGCUGGUGUCUCCGUCCCCUCCGGUGGUGCCCCCGGCGUUCCUGAGGUUGACACCACCUCCACGACCUCCGUCACUUCCGUGCACUUCACCACCGUCACCGUUGCCAAGCCCACCGCUUCCGCUCCCGGUGCUCCUGGUGCCCCUGGUGCCCCUGGCGCCGGCGUUCCUGCCCAGUCGUCCGUCGUGGCCUUCCCUUCCGAGGUCCCCUCCGGCGGCAACCCUGUUCCCCCCGUCGUCAACGCCCCUGCCGUCCCCAGCGGCACUGCCCCCGCUGGCACCGGCGUCUCGGCUGCUCCUUCCAGCGUUCCCUCCACCUACAGCAUGCCUGCGCCUCCCGCUCAGACCGAGCCCGUCACUGGCUCUGAGCCCUCGGAGGUCCCCGUCACUGCUGGUGCCGGACGCAACGUUGUUGCUUUCGGUGUCCCUGCUUUGAUGGCCGCUUUGGUUCUUGCUUUGUAA